GUUACAUUUGUCUAUUUAAAAGUUUAAAUAGAUAAUAUGUCGAAUGAUAUGAAGUCAGCAUCAAUGGAUCUGAACGGGUCUCGAUCGUGGUGUAGAAGAGACAAUGAUGUGAAAAUCGAAUUUGGAUUCGGGGUACCGCUUGGAGCGAUGUCCGCUCAUCCAGUGUUCCACUCUGCUUGGGAUAUCGGUUGUCCAUCUUCUGGUUUCCAUCAAAUGGCCAGGAUGAUGGAUCGCAUGAUGUCAGAGAGUCUUCAGCCGUUUGGUUUCGCAAAAAUGACUGCACGACGCGAGGGUGACAAGAAAAGUGAGGGUCCACCAAGAGAUGGUCUCAGGACUGAUAAAAGUGAUAGUAGGAGGGAGAGAGCGAAAAAUCCCAACACCCAUCUCGGUAAUGGCACAAGACAUCCUCCUACACAAGUUGUUCGACCGACGCCAAUAAAUUCAUUCCAAGAACAAUCGACUGAACCAUCUAAACCGACGGAUCCAACGACGGAAAAAUGGGCAGGCACUUUAAGGAAAAGAGAUCCAGACAUCCAACCGACUUUACCAUCUAUUGUAUCCCGUAAAUCUUCUUCUACAAACUCUUCAGUAAGCAGUGGAAGGAAGACGCGCUCAGUCGAUCGGAUUCCUAGAACUCGCCGACAGCUAGCUCCUAUAAAGCCAGUAGUCCGAAAAACUGAUAUACCUUCAGAGGGAGAUGUAACCAUGCUAGAAAAAGAUGAAAAAAUAUUCAACACUGCCGGUUAUGAAGUACAUUUAGUGGAAACUUUGGAGAGAGAUAUAUUGCAGAAAAAUCCUGACGUUCGCUGGAGAGACGUGAUUGGUUUGGACGACGCGAAGUCUGUAUUGCAAGAAGCCAUGGUACUGCCGCUCGUAAUGCCUGAUUAUUUCAAGGGCAUUCGUCGACCAUGGAAAGGGGUGCUAUUGACCGGUCCUCCGGGUACGGGCAAGACGCUUCUUGCAAGGGCAGUAGCGACCGAAUGUCGGACCACAUUCUUCAAUGUCUCGUCAGCGACUCUAACUUCAAAGUACCGCGGGGAUUCAGAGAAACUUGUCAGACUUCUAUUCGAUAUGGCGGCCUUCUACGCACCGAGUACAAUAUUCCUGGACGAGGUCGAUUCAUUAUGCGCGGUCCGAGGUGCUGAUUCGGAACACGAAGCCUCGAGGCGUUUCAAAGCGGAAUUGCUCAUUCAAAUGGAUGGUCUGGCUGCAGCAUUCAAUCAAGAUAAGGUGAUUAUGGUGCUGGCUGCAACCAACCACCCGUGGGAUAUCGAUGAGGCGUUCAGGAGACGAUUUGAAAAACGAAUUUACGUGGGACUGCCUGACGAGGCAACGAGGGUGAAACUACUAAGGCUAUGCUUACGAGAAGUGGUGUUGGGAGACGACGUCGAUUUUGUAGAAUUAGCGACAAAGUUAGAAGGUUACAGUGGCUCGGAUAUAAAUAAUCUUUGCAGGGACGCGGCGAUGAUGACAAUGCGUCGUAAAAUAGCUGGAAAAAGUCCUGACCAGAUACGACGUUUGAAGCGUUCCGAAUUGGAUGCUCCAGUCUCCAAAGAGGAUAUUAGUGCUGCCAUAGAGAAGACGCGUCGCACCGUCACGCAAGCUGAUGUAGCGCGUUACACCACCUGGAUACAAAAGCACGGCUGCUCCUAGCGUAGGGCUAAAGCGCUUAAAGCGCUGCUUCGGUGCCUAAAGAAUUAGUAGGUGCGAAGUGAUAAAAUUUUAUAACAGUGAAUUGAC